AUGGGAGAGGAAGAAAAGUAUCCAGAAAGCAGCCAACCCGGCGAACGCGAGGUCGCCCAGGCACCGCCAUCAGAAGAUGAGCUCCCAAAACCAACCAAACUCCGCCAGGUGAUGAUCGUCGCCGCAGGCUUCAUAACCAUGUUCAUGACAUGCGCCAUCAUCUUCGCCUACGGGGUGUACCAAGCCAUCUACGAACAAAUGGCCAAAGAACCCAACACCCCAUUCACAGGGACCUCAACUUCAGUAAUCAGUCUCAUCGGCACAUUAUCCAUCGCAAUCAUGUCCAUGGGCGGUCCCUUCGUGAUGACCUGGGCAAAGCUAUACAGCCCCCAGCCCGUAAUCAUGGCCGGCGGCGUCGUCUUCGGACUCGGCUGUAUCCUCGCCAGUCUAAGCGAGCACGUAUGGGAAUUCGCACUCACGCAGGGCGUCCUCGUCGGCAUGGGGACAUGCAUGGCCUAUGUACCGACGAUGUCCGUCGCGCCGACGUGGUUCGACAAGCGACGCGGACUGGCGAUGGGGAUUGUGAUUUCGGGGUCUGCGUGCGGAAGUAUGAUCUGGCCACCUGUGUUACGGGCGAUUACCUCGCACCUCGGGUUCCGCAAUGCUUUGCGGAUCUCGGGCUGCUUGGUGAUUUUGUUUGUGCCGCUGGCGGGCUUCACGUUGCGCUGGGAGCCGAAUUUCAAGGCAAAGGUGCGCGGCCAGAUGGCGGGAUUGUCGAGGUCCACGGGGUGGCUUAAGGUUCCGCUUGUGAAUUGGCAAGUUGCUAAGUCGAGGAAGUUUGUUGCGCAGGCGUUGGGCUGUUUCCUGCAAUCUGCGGGAUAUUCGACGCCGUUGUUCUUCUAUGCGGCGUUUGCGAGGUCGCUUGGGUAUAGUGAUAGUAUGGGCGAUAACUUUAUUACUAUUAGCAAUGCGUCGAACUUUGUUUCGCGUAUUGUGAUUGGGUAUACAGCGGAUAAGUUUGGUCGGUUGAACGUGUUGUUACUGACGACUAUCAUGAGUUCUGUUGCCGUCUUUGCAUUCUGGUUGCCGGCGACCUUUGCGGGAGGCAGUGUCUCGCAGACCUCUGCCGAUGCAUUGUUUAUUAUGUUUACGAUCUUGUACGGGUGCUUUGGCAGCGCUUAUAUUUCAUUAUUCCCUGCGAGUCUGAUCGAGUUGUUUGGGGUCCAGCAUUUCACUUCGGUGAACGGGGCUCUUUAUCUCAUUCGAGGCAUGGGGGCUUUCUUGGGAACCCCAUUGACCGGGUUGCUGCUGCCAGGACAGUCAGCGCUGUCCGCUCCAUUCAACUACGAGAGAGUCACAAUCACUGUGGGAGUGCUGCUUUUCGCAGCUAGCAUGGCAACGCUCUGGGUGAGAAUUACCGGUGCGACAGGACAGACAUUGACAUGGAAGCUUUGA